CAAACCAAAGGAAAUUAAUAACUGAAAUAAAUUCUAACACUUGGAAUGUACUAAAACAUCAAGCUUUUAACCAAUCAGGAUGUUUGUAGCUUGGCAUGACUCCGCCCAUUGGUAACAACCAAUCAGUCAGCUGUAAUAACGCGUUCGCUCUUUGCCUGGGUUGCUUUGAGGUAGUUGCGGAGUGGGUGUUGAUGAAAUUAGAGAUGACUUUUGAGUGGCCGUGGCAGUAUAACUUUCCCCCUUUCUUUACACUACAACCAAAUGCUGAUACCAGACAGAAGCAACUGACAGCAUGGUGCUCAUUGGUAUUGUCGUACUGUCGCUACAACAAAUUAUACACAUUAAACGUAAUGGAGAUUCAGGAGAGCCCAGUUUUCAGUAACAAGAAGAUACAAAGAAAACUUUCAAUGGAAUCUGUUCAGGUUGUUUUAGAAGAACUGAAGAAAAAAGGAAACUUGGAGUGGUUAGACAAAAAUAAAACUAGCUUUUUGAUUAUGUGGAGGAGACCAGAAGAAUGGGGAAAACUUCUGUACCAGUGGGUCACUAAAAAUGGCUUGACGAACUCAGUGUUUACACUUUACGAACUCUCCAAUGGAGAUGAUACAGAGAAGGAAGAAUUUCAUGGGUUGGAGGAGGCAAUGUUGCUUCGAGCACUGCAGGCCUUGCAGAUGGAACAUAAGGCUGAAAUCUUCACACUGAAUGACAGCAAAGGUGUUAAAUUCUUCUAAUGGACCUCCCUUGGUGUUUCAAGAGACUCUGAGACUUAUCUUUCACACACUUUACAGUGAAAGCCCUGUGCUCAAGGCUGUGAUGAAGAGCAGUUUUGCAUUUGUUCAUUUUGGAGGUGCAUGUCAAGGUUGCAGUGUUGUCAUUAAUGGUAUUCCCCAAUGACAUAGCUGACUGUACUUCUGAGACAAGAAUCUGGUUCUGUAGGGGUGCAUAAAUGACUCUUCUAGAGUCAACCACUCACCCCAUUCCUUUUAGUGAUUGCUGAGUGAAACUGAUGAAUGCUGAGAAAAUAAAAUACUGCUAAAUAACUUAAUGCUCCGUCUUACAUUGGAUAUCAAGAUGUAGUGGGUUUAUUUUUGUGACUAUUAUUAGCCGGGCUAUCUGAUGCGCCUCUUUUGUUUUAGCUUAAAUGGAGCAUCCUCUCAACCUGUUUUUAUAUAUAGAUUAGUAGCACGAAUAAGGAGAAUGUUUUCUGUUACAUUUGAUUGCAGUUUACUUUAAAUGUAUUUAAAAAAAGUCCCCCCCCCAUUUUGUUUUUCUAUUCUAGUUUAAAAACUGUGCUUACAUAACUGGCUUGCUUUUUUCUGAUAUGGAAAUGGUUUGCAGCUGUAAGACUAGUUCCUGUUUUAGACUGUGGUUGGAUAGUGUCACAGUGACAUUCUUGCAGCUGAGCAGUAGGCAGUAUGUCCUACUUACUGGGGCAUAUACUGACUGGAUUAGAAUCUUAAUUAAUCCAGUCUUGCACCUUCUGCUUUACAAGUGUGAUGAUGUUGCUAGGUGAUGGAGUAGAAUAGUGUAUGCCCACUGCAGGUUGUUACAUGAGGGGUAGAAAAAGGAUCUUAGAAACAAACCUGUUUCUUGUCAGUGCAAAAGCCUUAAUUGACUUGUAUAAGGCAUGAGCAGUGAGUAUUGUAUGCCUUCCAAGGCCUGGCUAGUUUGGAAGAAAGGGGUAUUUUUGGUGUUCUUCAUUCCACAAAAGACUAAUCAUAUGACUACUGCAUUCCCAUCAUAUUAAUGUAUAUUAUUCUCAUCACACAAAGCUAAGUGCCAGGUGUGGCUGACAUAAACAUAAUCUCAAGAAAGAUGUGGUGGAGGCAGUUUACUGCAGGCACACAGUGAGUCUAGAGUUAGUAAAUAGACCUUUAACUUUUGCCCUCCUAUUUUCCCUCAAGCUGCAGAGCUGCAAGUUAAAUUUUAAUUAAUAGUAUGCACAUCACAAGUUCAUAGGACAUGAAAAGGCUUAAAGAGGAUGAAAAUUUAACACAAGUCUUUUGAGAAUAGGUUCACAGGAGCACAGGGAUUGAAAAUGAGGUAUGAUUUGUACCUCACAGCUGCUUCAGUUUGCACGAUUAUGUUUGCAUCACACUUGUAAUUUACAGGACUGAGACCAUUUCUGCAGUUUUGAUUAAUUUUUUCCUGUGUCAUUGUGUGUCAUAGUUUCAUUAAAGUAUGGAAAGUUCCAUUUUAUUUUGUGUUGCACAUCUACACGUUUCCCAAAUAAAGCAUGUAUGUGGAAAGUAUAUCUCAUUAAAAUCUUGGCACUGGCAUUUAAAAAAUUCAGAAUUAGCCCUAGGCGUGAGUGUGUGCCUUCUGGGGAAGGUUGAGUGCCGGGCUGGCAACUCGACACCGUAAAACUUCACUGCUUAUCAUGAGCAGACAGGUGAUCCGCUGUGGUGACCCCUAACCGGGAAAAAGCCGAAAGAAGAAGAAGAAGGAAAAACAUCUUACUCAUCACAGUGUGCUAAAUCCCAUAUAAUUAGUGGCAAGGACUGUACUAAGUUCUGUUAUUUAAUGCUUCAUGAUGGCUUGCAUUAGUUAAUGUGUAGAACCCAGCUAAGCUGAAUUUGGUGUGCAUACUACGUUUUUUCUUGGCAUUCCCCCAAACGAUGGGAAAUGAGCAGCAUUCAGCAUUUCAAAAGUUAAGGCUACAUACAGGAUGAUCUGUAACUGGCAAACUGUUACAAGUGUUUUAUUUUACUGACUUCUGAAUUACUUUUCUCAGGUAUGAUCAUGUGCAAUACAUUUUUUUCUGUUUGCUACAUGUCACACAUUUGAAUGACAAAACAGUUCAUAAUUAUUGAUGAUCAGGGAUUAUAUUUGCAGAAGGAGUUUUAGCUCAAAUUGUGAUUGUGUAAAAUGGGAGAAACUGAGGGUUAAAAAAAAUUUUAGUAGCGUUAUCUUAGAAAAUAAAAUAAGCAAGCAUGCCAUAUUGUGUGACAGAGUCUAGAUUUCAUGUUUUACUCAUUAGGUUAGUUUUGACAUUGAAAUUGGUAGCAGUAUCUGUUAUUUAUUACAGUAUACUGUUUCAUGUUGCCUGUAUACCUAGCUUUCACCAUGAAAUUUGCUUUGAAAACUGGAAUUACACAGUAUUCAUGCCCUGUCUUUCUUUAAUCUCUAUAAACAAGUAGAAUAUGAGGGUAGAUGUUUACUGGAUCAAAAUAUUAUUACAAAUGUCAAAAUACAGUAAUUAAUAAAGCAAUGUGAACAAUUUUCUUCAACACACUGAAUGUAUUAGUCACAUUGUCAUUUAACAAUGUAAAAUCUCUUAAUCUUAUAGCUACUUUUGUUAUUACUCAAGCUCAGUGAGAUGUCAAGGGCAGCUUGUCAGUUCAUGUAAAUGGGAGUGAUUUAAAUAUCUUAAUGUAAGUUGAUGGGAUUCAAACUUGGGUGUCCUGGUGGACAAACACCUUAUAUGCUAUACUUAUACUAUCCCUUCAUAUUUUUGUCAUAUUCUGUUGCAUUGCGGUUGCCAAAAUAAUUGUUUCUUUUAGAAAAGUGCCUUAACAUUCACAUCAAUCUUCUCCACAAGAGCUGUUCUGGAACCCUCAUCUGUGUUAUCUCUAUGGAUAACUUUUGAACUGUUCUAAUAAACCUUUUAGUUUUAAAAUUGAGGAGUGUGAUAAUAAACUCCAUGCUGUUAAUUUA